UUCGCUCGUCGUUGUCGUCGUCUUCAUCAUCAUCAUCGCUCAUCAAGAUGAAGAGGAAAGUUGAUCAGGAUUUCUCCAUUUCCUCCUCUGCAACCAAGAUUCGCCGUCUGGAUGCCGAUUUGCCGCCGAUUGAGGAACCCGAAGUAGCUCAGCAACCUCCGAUUAUUCCAGAAGUCCCCUCCCCUGCAUCGGAGAACCAGGAGAGGGCUCUUGUGUUAUUCAAGCCUGUGAAUCAUUCUCCGUUGUUUUCUCCUUCAUCUUUCUCUUUCACUGUCGAUUCUGACAUUGUUUCUGCAAUUAACAAUCAACGUCCUUGGUCGAGACAAUGUGUAGAGGAAGAAGCAAUAUGCAGAGACGAGAAUAACCGUGAUCGUUUGGCUCUUGUGCCAUGGGCACCCUCUCAAUUCCAGUCUACCCCAGGUGCUCAAGAUUCGAAUACAGAGUUGAUGGAAGCUGACCAAAUGGAAGAAGAAGCAUCCAUGGAGGUAGAAGAACAAGAUUAUAGCAACUCAUCUAUACACCCAACAGCAACAAUGCAUUGUGAAUUAGCGGGAACUGAGGGAUUGCAGCCAUGGCAGCAACAACACUGCUUGAUACCUCAGCUUCCUCAGAACACUUCGACUCCCAUUUCUUGGACCGGUAACAAGUUAACGCUGAUGAAUUCGUUGCCACUUUUUGCUCUCUUUAGUGGCAGGAACUUAUAGAACAAAGAUACUAGAUGAGA